AUGUGGGGUGAAGAUGUCAUACAGCCGAUCUCCGAGCUCUCCAAGCCUGUGAUUGAGCUUGACAUUUGUUCUGCACUUCGUCGCCCGAGGUUUCCGCGCCGACCCGGCGUUCUUCAAAGACUGCCUCCCUCGUCCGUUCGCUAUGGCUGCGAACCCGGGGGCGACCUUGCGGCCGCUGUCGCGGACGAUUUUGGCGGCGCCGUCUUCCUUAAACGCCAGAGCACUGCGCACCGUAUCCAGGCCCCGAAAGAAUCCUCUCAUCCUUCGAUCCCCAUCCCUUCCCUCCGUAUCGCCAAUGGCGUUGGCCUCAUGUCCCCAGAUCCGACACAGAAGGUCACCAUGCACACAUUGAAGAACCUUUACAAGAAGGGUGAGCCGAUCGCCAUGAUCACCGCCCACGAUUUCCCUAGCGCGCAUGCUGCCGACGUCGCAGGCAUGGACAUGGUGUUGGUGGGCGAUAGCUUGGGCAUGGUGGCGAUGGGUCUGGAGAACACCACCGAGGUGAUCAUGGAGGAGAUGCUGCUCCACUGUCGGAGCGUGGCCCGCGGCGCCAAGAGCGCCUUCAUCGUGGGAGAUCUGCCCAUGGGCUCGUAUGAGGUCAGUCCAGAGCAGGCAGUGGAGUCAUCAUUGCGGCUGGUCAAGGAGGGUCGCGUGCAUGGCGUGAAGAUCGAGGGCGGCGAGGAACUCGGUCCGACCAUCAAGCGUAUCACGCAGGCCGGCAUCCCGGUUGUCGGGCACGUCGGGCUCACGCCGCAGCGGCAGAACGCGCUGGGAGGGUUUCGCGUCCAGGGCAAGACGUCCACCAGCGCCAUGAAGCUGCUGCAUGAUGCGCUGGUCAUGCAGGAGGCAGGCGUGUUCAUGUUCGUACUCGAGGCCAUGCCACCCGAGGUCGCGACGCUCAUCACGCAGAAGCUGCAUGUACCCACGAUCGGCAUUGGUGCGGGCAACGGCUGCUCGGGCCAGGUCUUGGUGCAAGUGGACAUGACCGGGAACUUCGAGCCAGGGCGGUUUGUCCCGAAAUUUGUCAAAAAGUACGCUGAUGUCUGGGGCGAGGCCACGCAAGGCAUUGCGGCAUACCGCGAGGAAGUCAAGAGUCGGGCGUUCCCCUCGCCCGAGUACACAUACCCGAUCUCUAAGGAGGAGCUGGCCAAAUUCCAGCAGAAAGUGGACGAGAUCUAUCAAAAAUAA